AUGGCCAAGAACAAAGAAGUUGAACUACAGAAAUACUUAGAAAAAAAGAGAAGGCAGAAAUCAAGGGAUGAAAUAAUGAACAAAAUAGCAGAAUUGUCCCGGAACAGAACCAACAAUGGAAUUUCACUGAUUAAGAAAAAAAUUAAAAUGAAGAGAGUAAAGGAAGAUGAGAGUUUUGAAAAAAAGCUAUUUUUGCACGAAAGCUCAGAUGCAAAUGAAGAGUCAAGCUUCUUGGAUGAGAAAACUGGUAUUUAUGAGCUUUAUGAUUAUAAUGGUUUGGUUUCUGACGUUAAGCAUAAUGAAAUUCCAGAUGAAAAUGUCUCGUGCCCGUUUGUCGCAGAAGUGUUGGAAGAAAGCAAAAGCUAUAACGAAAAGCAAAGCAUUUUAAACUUAAAUGAAUCUUUUAGACUUUCAAGACUAACCAACAGGUUAGAAAAAAUUCAAAACCAAAGAAAAGAGUUUGAUAUAAUGUAUGAGGAAACUGAAAUUGUAUCGCAGAUCAAAUAUAACUUGAUAACGUUUGUUCAGGGAGAAACAGGCUGUGGAAAAACCACACAGGUGUCUCAAUUUUUGUAUGAAAAUGGAUUUGCAACCGAUAAGAUGAUUGUGCUAACACAACCCAGAAGAUUUUCGGCUAUUUCCAUCUCCAAUAGAAUCAAUUAUGAGGCAAAUGAAGACAUUUCCGGAUAUAAAAUUAAAUAUGAGAACAAUAUUAAAGCGCAUACUAAAAUCAAAGUUGUUACCGAGGGUGUAUUGUUCAGGGAAAUCCAAUUGGACUUCCUACUAAAACAAUAUUCAGUAGUUAUUUUAGAUGAGGUUCACGAGAGAAGUACAAAUAUGGAUAUUCUGAUAGGCUUACUGAGUAGGAUUGUCAAGAUCAGAUUCGCUCAAAAGAAUCCAUUGAGGCUGGUACUGAUGAGUGCUACAACAAACCCCGAGCAUUUUAGACCUGUUUUAACAAACUUUCAGUUGAUUAAUCUCACUGGCAAAAGAUUUCCUGUCAAUGUAUUUUUUGAGAGUAAAAUUCCUGAGGAUUAUAUUGACUGUGCAUAUAAGAAGAUACUUGCUAUACUUCAGGCAGAACAAAAAUACUCAAGCAAUAAGAAAAGUAAGAGUGGAGAAAUUAAUGUGCCGGCCGAAAUUGAAAAUACUUAUAAAGCCUCCGUUCUUGUGUUUCUGACAAGUAAAGAGGAUAUUUAUACUCUUAAAUCGCGUCUGGAUGCCUUCAAUGAACAAAUUAUAGUUCUGCCACUUCAUUCCGGACUGAGUAAAUCUGAUCAAGAUAGGGUCUAUGAGACGUUUCCAGUCAGAAAGAUUGUACUGGCAACUAAUAUUGCGGAAACGUCAGUUACAAUCAAUGAUAUUGUCUUUGUAAUUGAUUGUGGGUUAGAAAAGAGAAAAAUAGCAGAUGAAAAUGUUGUUAUGUACAGAACCAGUUUUAUUUGCAAAAGCAGUGCAAAACAAAGAAUGGGGAGAGCUGGAAGGACGGGUCCUGGCAUCUGUUAUAGAUUAUACAGUGGGGAUGCUUUUGAAAUGUUUUCUGAUCACAGCUUUCCACAGAUAUUAAUGGAACCCUUUGAUGCCAGCCUACUUCAGCUGAAAAACAUGGGAAUUAAAAAUAUAUUUGGGUUUCCAUUUAUUGACCAGCCAUCUGAAAUUGCUAUUGAAGACUCUGUCAGAUUUUUAGAGUCGCUUGGCGCACUAGACCAGAAUGGAAAUAUCACAAAACUUGGGAGGAAAAUGUGCAGCUAUCCCAUAAAGCCAAGAUAUGCAAGAUUUUUAGUCGUGAACUUCAAUGUCUUGCCAAAGCUAUUUUCAAAGCUUGUUGUAAUAGUCAGCAUUCUUUCUUGUGGGUUUGAGCUGAAGAGAAACGAAAGUACCAAAGGAUAUUUUACAGGAGCAAAAAGCGACUUAAUUGUAUUUCUAAAAUUAUAUAUAGAAUAUCUGAAGACAAAAAAUAAAAAACUGCUUAUCAGUAAAGUUGGCAUUUCAGCUGAUAAGUUUGAAGAGAUCAGAAAAAUGGCAAGUUAUUUACUCCAGAUUGCCAAAGUAGAUAUAGAUUUUGACACAGAUUUUGAACUAACGUGCGAAGAUGAGAAAGAAAUAUGCUGCUGUCUCUAUUAUCUAUUUGCCGACCAGCUUGCAAUCAACACUGGCAGCUUAUAUAUUUUUAACGAUGAUGAAUUCUACAUUUCUCAUGACAGCAUUGAGACGGAACAACAGAAUAUUGUCUUUGACUAUAUCGUCUGUGGAUCUAGAAGGUCAUAUGUUAAGAACAUUACAGUUGUGCCAUCCUCACUGUUCAAGUAG